CAUAUUUAGUAUUAUUUUCAGUCUUUAUUCUAGGUCGCGGGCCAUUUUUUCAAUAUAACAUGAAAUUAAGUGGAGGCCACAUGUGGGGCCCCCAAUUUAACACCUCUGCUCUGAGGUUUAAAAAAAUAUAACAAUAGUGACACUAGUUACAUCUGUAUCAAAAAUAGUUAAGCACAGAUGAGUCUGAGGUGGUGGGAGGGGCCCCCCCCCCAAAUCCAAUUAUGCUUUGGGCCCCAUAAAGGCUUGGGCCAGCCCUGUGUGUAACUUUCAUCACACUUAGCACUAAAUACACUAAUUAUUUAUGACCGAACACUGAAUGGAAGACGAGGGAAUGGAAGUUUGGGUUUUAUUGGCGGAUGUCGUGUGCGUCGUGCGCACAUGGUGACAGCCCUGCGUGGGGGAGUCCACUGUUCCCUCACAAACACACACACACAUACACACACACCACAGUGAAGGGGACACGCGCUAAAGCUGGACACAGUAUCGUCUUCACCACCACCACCAUCACCGGAUUGUCUGACCAUCAUCCGCCAUGUGGUCCGCCGGCGUGGCCAUCGCCUCAGUUUACGCUGUCAUCAGCUUGUCGGGCUUCAUCGGCAACAUCACGCUCAUCAAGACGUUCUGUUCCGCCAAGUGCACGCGCAACGUGCCGAACCUCUUCAUGUCCAGUCUGGCGCUCGGGGACGUGAUGCUGCUGGUGACCUGCGCUCCCGUGGACGCGAGCCGCUACCUGUCAGAGGAGUGGCUGUUCGGCAGAGUGGGCUGUAAAGUCAUCCCCUUCAUCCAGCUCACCUCCGUCGGCGUGUCCGUGUUCACUCUCACUGCUCUCUCUGCUGACAGGUACAAGGCCAUCGUGAAGCCCUUGGACGUCCAAAUAUCAACCACCACUACCAGCAUUGUCCUCAGGGCGGCGCUCAUCUGGCUCCUCGCCCUGGUCCUGGCUAUCCCUGAGGCUGUCUUCUCAGAUCUCCACCCCUUCACCAUCCCUUCCACUAAUGAGAGCUUCAUCACCUGCGCGCCUUACCCACAUGGUGGGGAACUGCACCCUAAGAUCCACUCCAUGGCCUCCUUCCUAAUUUUCUACGUCAUUCCCCUGCUGGUCAUAUCUGUGUACUACACCUUCAUCGCCCGGAGCCUGAUGAAGAGUGCCUCAAACCUGCCUGUGGAGGGCAACAUGCAUGCAAAACGACAGAUCGACUCUAGGAAGCGUCUGGCCAAGACAGUGCUGGUGUUUGUUGGUCUCUUUGCGGUUUGCUGGCUUCCCAGUCACAUCAUCUACCUGUACCGCUCCUAUCACUACUCCCAGGUGGACACCUCACUGGUUCACUUUGUGUGCAGCGUCGUCGCUCGCAUCCUCGCCUUCACCAACUCCUGCCUCAACCCCUUCGCUCUCUACCUGCUGAGCAAGACCUUCAGGAAGCAGUUCAACCGGCAGCUGUGCUGCUGCUGUCACUGGCUCUUCAAGCGCUCGCCGCGGAGGACGACGCACUACAACACGCGCGUGACGUCCGUCCGCAGCACGCGCUACUCCGUGGCCAGUCUGACUGUCGUCAAUGGCCGACAGAACUGUCAGGAGGACUGUGUGUAAGUGUGUGUGUGUUCCAGGUAUGUUGUGGGGACCGAAAUCUGUUUACACAGUCACAAUAAAUUAUUACAUUUAAGGUGAGGACAUGAUGUCUUAGGAUGAGGUUAGGUAAGUCUCCAGGACUUGAAUGAAAGUCUAUGUAAUGUCCUUUGAAGUCAUGGAAACCAGGCUGUGUGUAUAUUUUUUGUUAGGACAUUUUGACCUUGUGGGGACAUAUAGGGGCAAACGCACUGCAACGACCCAAAACACAUGCAGGAGGAGAAACGAGCUGCAUAUCCACAAAGUGUUUUAUUUUGAAAACCGGACGUUGACGUCCUUAAAAAUACGACGGCAGGCUUUUUACUGUAAAUCCCAUAGUAAUUCAGACGUUAAAAUCCAGCGUCAGGUAUGAGGCAGAACCACAUUUCUGAAGAACUGGUUAGGUUUAGAGCUAAGAGUUGAAUUGUGGCUGUGGUUAAAGUUAGGGCCCGUGGGACAAUGAAAUGUUGUAUGGCCCACAGCUUCAGUGUUAUAAUGUAUUAUUUAUGUCCAGGGACGGACUUGGACAGAAAACCAGCCCCAGUGAUGUUAUUUGACUCCAGAUGUGAAAGAAAGGCCAUUAUUUUUCAUUUAUUCACUCCUGCGUGGCUCAGAUUUGGUUACAUUUCCAUUUAAAAAUGCUAAUUACAACAAUGCAAAUGACAUUCUUAUAAAACAGUGCAUGUGUAUGUAAAUGUUACUGGUGGACACCUCUGGUUUAGGCUGUACAAAUGAAUGGAAGUCAAGUGAGUUAGUUAGUUUGUCCCCACCUGAAAACUGAAAAGAGAAAGUGUUAUUUAUUCAGAAAGUGACAUUUGGACACAAAAGUCCCAAUGCGGUGGCUCUUAAAUCAAAGCUUACCUUUAAUAAAGUGAAUAAAUCCCCCCAUUCACACACAAUGUGCUCCCGAAUGUGAUAUUUUCUAUAUGAAUGUACACUGUGCUGAAUAUUUAUGUAUAAUAUUCAGCCUGCACCAUAUUGCCGUAUGUGUUUAUUGCUAAAUGUAAGCAGUCGCUUUGAUGAUAACUGUGGAAUGGUGUGUGUGUGUGUGUGCCUCUUGUCAUCCUGUGGCUACAGUUGUGUUUAUUGAGCUGUGGAAUAGAAAGAGUGAAUGUUUGAGAUUACCUUUGUAAUUUGGCACGGGCUUAUGCAAUAGUGUGUUCAUAUUGUAAAUCCACCUAUAAUGCAGUUCUCAAGGAAAAUUAAAAUGACAGAAGGUUGUUUUCUCUGCGUCGCCGGAGCCGUCUCUGUUGCAGUUGUGUCUCUGGUCUUCAUCGUGUGUA